GCUAGUCAUUCGUCUAAAUUUUAAAUUGUGAAAUUGAGUCUAAUUUUGUCUAAUUGUUAAUGAUUUUUAUUAUCUGUCUAUUUACACCUACCAUUCACCAUUUACCAUCCACCAUCCACUAUUUACCAUUUACCAUUCACCAUCCAUUGUCAACCAUUAUCAACCAUUGUCAACUAUCAUCCACAUCCAUCAUCUACUAUUCAUCAUUCACCAUCUAUCGUCCACCAUUAUCUACUAUCAUCCACUCAUCCAAAAUUAUCUACAACUUACUUUAUCUGACAAAAGUCCGAAAGAGAAACCUACAAAAAAAAUAAAGAAAUGGUUAGUAAACUGUUAUUAUUUCAAUAAAAAAAUGUCAAAGUUUUGAAGAUUCAAAACCUACCCAUUCAAUAGAAGUCCGAAAGAAAAACCUACAAAAAAAAAUAAAUAAAC